GAGAUGCAGCGACUGGAGACUGAGCUGGGCCGACCCCCCGAGCGCUGGAAGGACGCCUGGGAUCGGGUGAAGGCGGCCCAGCGCCUCGAGGGCCGGCCAGACGGACGUGUGAGCGGGGGCACCCCCGGCUCCCUGCUGGUGUCCAGCGUGCCCCACCACCGCCGCUCGCUGGGUGUGUACCUGCAGGAGGGCCCUGUGGGCUCCACGCUGAGCCUCAGCCUGGACAGUGACCAGAGCAGCGGCUCUUCCGUGUCCAGCUCGCGGCAGGCAGCCCGCCGCAGCACCAGCACCCUCUACAGCCAGUUCCAGACGGCGGAGAGUGAGAACAGGUCCUACGAGGGCACCCUGUACAAGAAAGGUGCCUUCAUGAAGCCCUGGAAGGCCCGCUGGUUUGUGUUGGACAAGACGAAGCACCAGCUGCGCUACUACGACCACCGCGCUGACACGGAGUGCAAGGGUGUCAUCGACCUGGCCGAGGUGGAGGCUGUGGCGCCAGGCACGCCGGCCAUGGGCGCCCCCAAGACCGUGGACGAGAAGGCUUUCUUUGACGUGAAGACGACGCGUCGUGUUUACAACUUCUGUGCCCAGGACGUGCCGUCAGCCCAGCAAUGGGUGGACCAGAUCCAGAGCUGCCUGUCGGACGCCUGAGCGUGGCCCUGCCCCGCAGCCCUGUGUCCAGUUAACCGACCACUAGGGGUGGGCAGGGCCCCCCGGCCAUGUUUACAGCCCCCACCCUUGACAGUAUUGAGGCCCUCCCCCUGCGUGUACAGCCCCCCGCCCCGCCCCGCCCGGCCAGCUCCAGCUCCCUGGAGGCCUGGCUGAGUGCCCGCCGGGAGCAGCACGGUACAGCCCUCGCGGUGGGCCUGUAAAUAGUACCCCCCCGCCCAUCUGUGCGCUGGCCCUGGCCGGCCGGCCCCAGGCGCCCUCUUCCUAGAACGAGAGUCUAUAAAGAGCUAACGACACCGCG